GGGGGGGGGGGGCAGUGUUCCAGACUGCUGGAAAGGGGAGAGUGUCAGUUUUCCCUUUAGUCACCAACCUCUUCCCUGCAAUGACUUCCUGUGGAACUGGCUGGGGGUGACUCAGGGGUACGCUAUACACCCCCAGCUUCUCUGGAAAUGGCCAGGGAGUGAGUGUGUUAUACACCUUGGCCAUAAGCACCCAUGGAGCCUGCGGGGAGGGGGCGUUACUCCUCCCAGGCAGCCCAGGACAGAGGGGUGUCGGGGUCCAGGGAGCGUCUGGAUGUGUUCAGAGUCAGGGCUGCUGCCUGGCUGCCUCCUGUCUGUCCCCCAGCCCCAGCUGAGCCCUGCAGCCUGGCCCCGGGCCAGCAGCAGGCUCAGCAAGUCCCAGGGGUGUGGCGCGGGGCUCAGCCAGCCUACGCUGGUUCGCUGGUUCGCCUCGGCAGGCAGCAGAGGUAGCGCGGCCACUGGGAGGCUGCACUUGCUGCAGCGCAGUUGGAAGAGGGAGAGGGCGGGGGAGCGGAGGGCAGCCAUGGGCCCCCUGCUGUACUACGCGCUGCCAGCCCUGGGCGGCUACAUCCUACUGUCCAUCUUCUUCCUGCGGCGGCCUCGCCUGCUGCAUGCGCCCCGGGCUCCCACCUUCUGUCCCCGCCUGGCAGCCCACCGAGGAGGGUCUGGAGAACGGCUGGAGAGCACCAUGGAAGCCAUGGAGAACUCCAUGGCCCAGCGAGCUGACCUGCUGGAGCUGGACUGCCAGCUGACACGGGACGGCGUGGUGGUGGUGUCCCACGACGAGAACCUGUCCCGCCAGUCGGGCCUGAACAGGGAUGUGGGCAGCUUGGACUUUGAGGACCUGCCCCUCUACAAAGAGAAACUGGAGGUUUAUUUCUCGCCAGGCCACUUUGCCCAGGGGUCAGACCGGCACAUGGUGCGCCUGGAGGACGUGUUCCAGAGGUUCCCGAAGACGCCCAUGAGUGUGGAGGUCAAAGCCGAGAACGAGGAGCUCAUUCAGAAGAUAGCAGGCCUGGCGAGGCGCUUCGAGCGCAGUGAGAUCACCAUCUGGGCCUCGGAGAAGAGCUCCAUCAUGAAGAAGUGCAAGGCCGCCAACCCUGAGAUGCCGCGGUCCUUCACGAUGAACCGCGGCCUCUGGGUGCUGCUGCUCUACUACCUGGGGCUGCUGCCCUUCGUCCCCAUACCCGAGCGGUUCUUCCUGUGUUUCCUGCCCACCAUCAUCAACAGGACCUACUUCCCGUUUUCCUGCUCUGGCCUGAACCAGCUGGCUGCCGUGGUUUGCAAAUGGGCCAUCAUGAGGAGAAGCCUGAUCCGACAUCUGGAGGAGCGAGGAGUGCAGGUGCUGUUUUGGUGCCUUAAUGAUGAGUCGGAUUUUGAAACAGCCUUCAGCCUGGGGGCCACUGGCGUUAUAACCGAUUACCCCACAGCUCUGAGACGCUACUUGGACAACCACGGACCCCGCGCUCCGGCCUCCUGAGUCCAGAGGACCCCCCCCCCCCGCUGUUUCUCUUCUUGGAAAAUAAAUAUCUUCUUUUCAGUC